UUCAGCCUUUACCUCUCCCCCAGGAUUCAAGAAUCUCCAUCCUGAGUCCUCCAGAGCUAUCGCAUAGUGUUCUAUCAACCUUGUCGCCUCUCUCUCUCUCUCUCUCUCUCUCUCUCUCUCUCUCUGUGCAAGAAUGAAGAGCAACCACACCAACAACACAAAGCUCAUCCUCCUCCAUCCCUACAUCCAAAAGCAAGGCGGCUCCAACCGGCUAUGGCUCCUCGCCCUCAUCUCCUUCUUCACGCUCGCCUUCCUUGGAACCCUAAUCUACUCCCGGGAAUCCAUCGUUGCCGGCGCCGCCUCACGAGUUGCCUCGGUUAACAACCAGGCCGGCUCCUCCGUUGCCUCCGCCACCGCUGCCAAUGUGCCCUUGCCGACCACGGUCAUCAACGCCCUCGUCCACUAUGCCUCAAGAUCGAAUGACACCUACCACAUGUCCCACAAGGACGUCAAAGUCAUAUCGGACGUGCUCCGGAAGUGCGCCGCCCCGUGCAACCUCCUCGUCUUUGGCCUCACCCACGAGACCCUCCUGUGGAAAGCCCUGAACCAUGGCGGCCGCACCGUGUUCGUCGACGAGAACCGGUACUAUGCGGCCUAUGUCGAGGAGCGGCACCCGGAGAUUGACGCGUACGACGUGCAGUACACGACAAAGAUGAGCGAGAUGAAGGAGCUGAUCGCGUCGGCCAAGGAGCAGGUCAGGGGCGAGUGCCGGCCCGUGCAGAACCUGCUCUUCUCGGAGUGCCGGCUUGGGAUCAACGACCUCCCGAACCACGUGUACGAGGUCAGCUGGGAUGUGAUCCUGGUAGACGGGCCGCGUGGGGACUGGCCGGAGGCACCGGGGAGGAUGUCGGCAAUAUUCACGGCCGGGGUGUUGGCCCGGAGCAAGAAGGGCGGGAACCCGAAGACCCACGUGAUCCUGCACGACUAUUACAGGAACGUGGAGAAGAUCUGCGGGGACGAGUUCUUGUGCAGAGAGAACAGGGUCGGAUCAACGGACAUGAUCGGCCAUUUCGUGCUGGAGAGGAUGGACGCCAAUAGCUUCCAGUUCUGUGGCCACAAUCGGACAGCUUCAUCGUAGACUCCAUCGUCGUCCUAAAUUUUACCAAAAAAAAGGGCAAAAGAACAAAAAGAGAAGUAAGUUCGUCGACCUAGUCUUUCGUUGCCAUCAUCAUUCAUGAAGCCUAGCCACAGACUACAGUCAUUCGUUUGGUGCAGUCCACAGAGAAAGAGAGAGAGAGAGAGAGCAGAUGCAAGGGCAAAGCUGGCUAUUUAUCCUCAUUCCAUUCUAUCAAAACUUAGACAUUUUGGGGGGUUUUCUUUCUUUCAUUUUCCACUUGUGAAGCUUGGGAAUAACGCAACCUUUCAUCCUACACGAAUUGUAAUCUCUCGCGAAAGAAAUUUCUCAUUG